GUCAGUCCUUCUGUCUAUUGUCCCUGUGCGGUAACUAGUCAAACUUUGGGCCCUGGACUUUGGAAAUGUGAUUGCAAUCUGUGUGCUGAAGCAUGUAGAUUUCAGGUUACCCCCUAGAAGUCCCCCUGGAUGCUCCCUGGGCACCUCAAAGUCAGCAAGGCUAGAUUCAGCACCUGCCUCCCCCAUUCUCUUUCCCUCUGCUGCCCUGUCUCACUCAAUGGAGCCACUUCACUGGCAGCCACCCCAAACAGAAAAGUGGGCAGCAGCAGCAGCACUCCUCUGUCCUUGCCCCUAGCCAGUUACCACAUCCCAGGUUCCAUCUCUCAACUUUGCUCCUAAUGAGGCCUCUUGCCCCAUCCCUGCCCUUACAGAGACCAUUCACAGUUCCCACUCACUGCUCUGAGCCCUUCCCCUCAUGCCCCCUCCUCCGGGCAGUCCACAGGCCUCUCAGCUAACCCCGCUCUGGCUCUCUCUUCUCCACUUAAGGCAAGGCCUGUCUCUUCCCAGAUGGGAAGCCCCAGAGGGCAGGACCCUGCAUGACUCACCACUUACCCUGAUCUAGUGUAAGCAUGAGCAAAAAAAGGAACUCCAGUAAGUCUUUAUGACUGUGAGUCAUGGGUCCCAGUCGCUCACUAUACAGAUAAGCAAACUGAGGCCCAGGAGGAGAGAGGAUGGCUCACAGUGACAGCGGGAGGAGGGAGACCUGGGGCUAGACUAAAGUCUCUGGGUCCAGCUGAUGGUCUCCAGAAGGAGUGGGGACACUGCAGGCUGUGCCAAGUCCCCAUUCCCUAGGGUCUCCCCAUUCUCUGAUGUCACUUCCUGCUUCAAAGCCUUUACAUAAGCUGGUCCCUCCACUAAACACCCGUCCCUUCACCUGUGGCUAGAUAAUGCACCUGGCAGGGCCCCUGGGGCCACAGAAACCUCAAAGUGUUACCCCAAACUCCUUUAUGGGGCAUCGUUUUCUUCUGCCCUCCUCCCACCUUCAGCCCAGCCCUGUGUCUCUCCAGAGGCCCCAGAUUUCCUGCCAGGGAUGUUCAUUCUGAGCCUUACUGGGGGCCAGCAGCAUCUGAGGCCGGAUCCAGGGUCUGAGCCUUUACCGGAAGAACUGGGACAGAUUGGGGCAUCUCUCCUCUCUGCAACCUUCCUUCCUCCACCCAUCCUUCACAUUCCUGCUUUUCCUAUCGCUGCAUCCUGGCAAAAACCCAUACCUCUGACACUAUACUCAGUGACUCAUGAGGUACACACAGCCCCUCAUAGGAGCACACACAAACACCAGGAGCCACUCUUCAUCCACACACUCAUAGAUGUUUUCUCACACAGUCACACUCCCAGUUCAUACCCAGUCACAGUCAGACACACUCACCAAAACAGUCUCAAGGAUGGCUAGGAACAUGACCCACCCAGAAAGUCUCAAGUCACCAGGAGUCACCAGAGCUCUCUCUCUCUCACCCUUGGACACAUAAAGAUGUGUCCAAGAGCCAAAUAAAGAUACAGAUUCACAACAACAAAUGUACAUACCUGGUCACACAGUUUCAGAGUCUGAUGCACAGACAGGCACAGAGUAGUACACAAUCACACACAGAAAGAAACAGACACACACAGUUGCACACAGGCUCCUGGAGACGUAGAACAAUGGGUGCAUUGUCUGGAUUGGCAGCAGCUGCAGAGGAAGGAGCCACAGUGUGGACAGAGGAGGCUAAGGGGGCUGCUGUCCCCUCCCACUCAUACCCCAACAUCUCAAGCCUCUUCCCUCUUCCAGAAGUUAGAUUCUGCUGGGCCUGGAUUUGCUGAGGGCUUGGGCUCCCAGGCACCCCUUCCCAGCCUCCUAGGGUGUCUGGUAGGGGUGCAAGGCCUCCCCUGUGAACCAGGCUCCCUCUGGAGCUCUAGAGACUUCAGGUCUUUUGGCCCAGAGGCUCCUCCCUCCUUCUGGGAUCCUUGGGGAGAUUUGCUUCUCACCCUACAAGGCUGCACCCCGGGGUCAGGAGACUUAAGGAUCUGCCCUGUCCUCUAACCUCAACCCCUCUAGGACUCACACGCUCCAUCUGAGCUCUGCCAGCUGGUGCAGGCAGCGCCUGGCAGCAUUGUGGGUUCCCUAUUGUGGUUGAGACAGAGGACAGGUCACGAUGUCUGUCUCUUAGUGGUAAGGAAGGGAAGAGUCACUGCACUGUUUUGAGUUGCAGGGGGCAUGGUGCCUCUCCCUGGGGCCCAUGUUGCCCCCAGUGCAGGGACACAAUGGGAACACCGUACCUCCCCAUUCCAAAGCUUGCUCUCGCCUUCCACGCUGACCAAGGAACAUCAGAUCUCAAUAGGAAAUUCUUCCAGGAGGUUCCUUGCAGCCCUCAGCUCCCACCCCCCUUUUUUGAGACAGUCUCACUCUACUGCUCAGGUUGGAGUGCCACGGUGUCAUCAUAGUCACUGUAGCCUCUAACUCCUGAGCUCAAGCGAUCCUCCUGCCUCAUCCCCUGGAGUACACCACCACACAUGGCUCAUUAAAAAAAUGUUUGUUUUCGAAGAGACCAGGGUCUCACUAUGUUGCCCAGCUGGUCUCAAACUCCUGGGUUCAAGCAAUCCUCCUGCUUUGACCUCCUUAAGUGCUGAGAUUAUAGGUGUGACCAACUAAGGCCAGCGGGCCCAGCCCAGCCAGCCCAUUUUAUCAAAUUUCUCCAAAUUCUCUCUUACCCUUAGCUGCUAUGUGUCCUUGGGCAUACCAGUUUCCUUUUCUGAACCUCAGUGUCCCAAUCUAUAAACUGGGGAGGGUGAUGCUAAUGAAGCUGAGAGUAUUCAGUAGGCUCAGCAUAGGCAUAGAAGAUACAGGAGUAAGUACAGAACACAGAAGCCACCUCAGCCCUCCUCAACCCCUCUGUGGUCAGAUCUGUGGGAGUUCCUUGAGGUGUCUCCAUACUUCACAGCCUCAGGCCUCCCUAGAGGCUGUACCCGUAGGAGGGAGAGUGGGAGGGAGGGACAUGCUGAGCUGGACGGGGCACAGCCUUGCUUUUGCAAUACUUUGCUUCUUCUAGCCCCCAUCCCUUUUUUCCUGGGGGCUGAGGGCAGGCAAUGGGACACACACAUCUGGGGCAGUCAGGACUCUGGGUUCCCACCAGCCUAUCCAGGUCAGCAAAAGUACCAGAGGACCAGAUUCCAGAGAAUCUUUGGCCACCCCCAUCCUGCCUCUAUGUUCUGGUGCUCUCAGGCAGGGUGGAGGCUGGGCUGAGACAGCCUAGGGAGCUGUCCUCAAGUGGCUGUCCCAUCACUUCUCUGCAGAAUCUGGAGUAUUCUGAGGUUUGUUGAGUCCCUGGCUGAGGUUCCUGUUCUGGUAUGGGGAGCCCUGAUGUAGGGGAGCAGAUCUGUGUGUGGGUAGGGGAAGCAGCAGACCAGAAUCAAUCAGGUCGUGUCAACCUCUCUUAGCCUCAGGGACCUCAGCGUUCAAACUGGGUUGGAGAUGCCCUUCAAUGUCAUGGAAACUCUCAGGCGAGACUCUGUAUUGUGUCUAGGCUGCGGGCAGGAGGGGCUGGAGGUGAAUUUGUCUAUUCAGGCUCAGAAUGACUGGCCAUCAAGGAACUGAGAGGAGGAAUGAGGGACUGGCCUCACCAGUCGGACCAGAGUGGCCCCGAGGCGGGUCAGACCCCCAAAGGCCGGCCGUGGCAGGCCCGCAGAUAGAGCCGUGGGUAGGGCCUCUGAUGGAUCUACAGUCCAGAGAAGGCGCCACGCUCAGCCAGGAGGGUGGCGGCGGACAGGGCUUGUAGCUUCUAUGAUGACAUUUUCUGGAGCAUAACUAAGGACCAGCCGUCUGACGAGUCCGGGCAUGCGAGCCCUUCGAAGAGUUGAAGGGAGAGACUGACAGGGGCUACCGGUGCUGGACCAAGGCGAUGUGGGCCACUGCAUGGUGUGGGGGCGCGCACCCCUAAAGGUGGAAGCCAGGCCGACCCUGUCCAACUAUCCCCUGCGGCACGAGCCCGGGGUGGCUCCGGGCGGCCCCCAACAGACCCCCCCAUCAUGGGCAGCCAGAGCUCCAAGGCUCCCCGGGGCGACGUGACCGCCGAAGAGGCAGCAGGCGCUUCCCCCGCGAAGGCCAAUGGACAGGAGAAUGGCCACGUGAAAAGCAAUGGAGACUUAUCCUCCAAGGGUGAAGGGGAAUCGCCCCCCGUGAACGGAACAGAUGAGGCAGCCGGGGCGACCGGCGAUGCCAUCGAGCCAGCACCCCCUAGCCAGGGAGCUGAGGCAAAGGGGGAGGCCCCCCCAAAGGAGACCCCCAAGAAGAAGAAGAAAUUUUCUUUCAAGAAGCCUUUCAAAUUAAGCGGUCUGUCCUUCAAGAGAAAUCGGAAGGAGGGUGGGGGUGAUUCUUCUGCCUCCUCACCCACAGAGGAAGAGCAGGAGCAGGGGGAGAUUGGUGCCUGCAGCGACGAGGGCAGUGCCCAGGAAGGGAAGGCUGUUGCCACCCCCGAGAGCCAGGAGCCCCAGGCCAAGGGGGCAGAGGCUAGUGCUGCCUCCAAGGGAGGAGACACAGAAGAGGAGGCAGGGCCCCAGGCUGCAGAGCCGUCCACUCCCUCGGGGCUGGAGAGUGGCCCUACAUCGGCCAGCGUUGAGCAGAAUGAGUAGCUGGGUGGGGGCAGGUGGGUGGUCUCUAAGCUGCAAAAACUGUGCUGUCCUUGUGAGGUCACUGCCUGGACCUGGCGCCCUGGCUGCCUUCCUGUGCCCAGAAAGGGGCUGUUGCCCUCCUCCCAGCCACAUUCCCUCUCCUCCUUUCCCUCCUGUGGAUUCUCCCAUCAACCAUCUGGUCAUCCUCUUAAGGCCAGUUGAAGAUGGUCCCUUACAGCUUCCCAAGUUAGGUUAGUGAUGUGAAAUGCUCCUGUCCCUAGCCCUUCCCCCUCUCUCCCUGCCCUACCCCUGGAGAAGGCAAUUGUUGGUUUUCUUCCCCAGUUCUUUUCCAAGUAGGUUUUGUUUACCCUGUUCCCCAAAACCCUGAGCCAGAAGUGGGGUGCUUACACUCCCAAACCUUGAGCGUCCAGCCUUUCCCCAUUUUUAGUCUCUUGUGCUGUGCCUAGUGGCACCUGGGCUGGGGAGGACACUGCCCUGUCUAGGUUUUUAUAAAUGUCUUACUCAAGUUCAAACCUCCAGCUUGUGAAUCAACUGUGUCUCUUUUUUGACUUGGUAAGCAAGUAUUAAUUAGGCUUUGGGGUGGGGGGGGAAGGUCUGUAAUGUGAAACAACUUCUUGUUGUCUUUUUUCCUCCCAUUGUUGUAAAUAACUUUUAAUGGCCAAAACCCCAGAUUUGUACUUUUUUUUUCCUAACUGCUAAAACCAUUCUCUUCCACCUGGUUUUACUGUAACAUUUGCAAAAGGAAUAAAUGUUGUCCCUUUA